GCUAUGAUUUUGUAAAGAAUAAAAAUUAAUUUUAUCUCUUAAUCUUUAAUGUUUUCAAAUUUUGAAGUCUAUUUUUUUUUAUUUUUUACAAAAUGGGACGAAAAUAUUUAAAAAAUGAAGUUAAAGAUUUGGGUGAAUUUAUAGAGUUUAGUAAUGGCUUUUGUGAAUUCAAAUGCAAAAUCUGCAAGCAAAGUCUGAGCAUCAAAAAUAUUAGUCUUAUUGCGAAUCAUGUAAAACAGCAUUUUUCAGAGCAUAUCUCAGAACAUGUUGAUCCCAUAUCAGAACUCAAUGAGCUAUCAUGUAGUAAAACUUUCAGUACGAAAAAAUGUACUCCAUGCGAAAUUGACACGAGAACAGGGGUAUCUUCCAUUGCGUAUGUUACCAAAAAGGAAGAAUCAGAAUUUAAAUCUGAAAUCAAAUCUCCCCUAGAAAAUGAGACUAUUAAAAAUUAUGAAGAAUGUAUGGGGCCUGAAAUCAUGGGGUAUGGGGAAUGUAUGAAAUCUGAAAUCGUAAAAAAUUUAAUAUGUACUCAAUCAAAAGAUAAAAAUGGCACAAUGAGUAAAAAUCACGGAUAUAAUACUCAAAUUUUUUAUGACAAAUCAACAUAUUUGUGCGAUUAUAAUGGUAAAUCUGUUGAAAAAAUUAACUUGGCAGACAAGCACGAAAAGUCCUGUAAUAAAAGCUCGAUAGAAGCUGCUGGGCACAAUAAAUUGAGUUCUCAUCUUAUUCAAAACGUUGUUAACAAUCCGAAAAACGAUUUAGAAGAUAAUUUAAGUAAUUCAGACAGUCGAGAUGUCAAAAACAUUGUAAGCGAUAGCAUGCACGUAGAUUCAAUGUGUUUUUCGAAGCCUAUCAUGCAAUACAAUGAAAAGCUGAAUAAAAAUGAUGAAUCCAAUUUAAAAUGCAAAACUAAAGCCGUGGAAAUUGGGGAUAAUAAUACUUUUACAUGUGGAAAAUGCAAUGUUAAAUACAAAAAAUUUGCAAACUUAGUAAGACAUCAAAAGAUAUGUCAAGGUAAAUCCAAAAACAUCUUGAAGCAGGCAUCCGUAAAACUCAAAGAGAAAAAUGAAAAUGGUAUGUAUCAAUGCCCCAAUUGUGAACUAGAAUUUUCUAAGUUGGAUGAAAUUGAAUCUCACGAGAAAUUACAUAUAGUACGUACAAAUAAAAAUAAAAUUCAAUGCGAAAUUUGUGGAAAAUAUUUGAGUACGGGUGCCGGUCUAGAUCUUCAUUUAAUGAGGCACACGGGCCGAUCUCCAUUUAAGUGCUUAGUAUGUAAUCGUGGGUUUUAUAACAAGUACACAUUAGCGUCUCAUCAACAAAUUCACAAUUCAAAAAAAGAAUAUAAAUGCGAGCAUUGUAAUAAAGAAUAUAGCAGAUGUGUUGAUUUAAAACGUCAUAUUCGUUACUCGCAUUUAAAAGAAAAGCCCAAUUCCGUUAUGUGUGAUUUAUGUGGGAAGUCUUUUUCAUUUACGUUUAAUUUGAAAUAUCAUAUGAGGAGGCAUUUGAAUUUAAAGCCGGUAAAGUGUGAUAAGUGUAGUAUGACUUUUGUCGAAAGAGGUGACCUUAAUAAACAUUUAAUAACGCAUAAUCCUGAUUACAAACCUUUUGUUUGCGAAAUUUGUUCAAAGAGCUUUAGUCGCAAAAUAACCUUAACCAAACAUCAAAAGCUGCACACUGGAUUAAAAGAAUAUGUUUGCAAAAUUUGCGGAAAGGCUUUUGCACAAUCACCCGGACUAUAUAUGCACAUGAAAACACAUGGAUUUAAUAUUAAACCUGAAGGGGCUGGCUAUUAUGAAAGACAAUCUCAUUUACUAUUUCGAAAUAUGAAUUCCGACAGAGCCAGUUUCACCUAAUAAAAUUUUUCGCAUAAGAUUAUUCAUAAUAUUGAAAGUGUAAUUGUUUAAUAUUAAAUCAUUUAAUGUUUGGAUACAAACAGCCGUUAUGAGCAAGAUAAGUUUUGCCUUUAUGUAAGCUGAAAAAUCACCAAUGGAAAAAAAUGACAGUUUUUUAUAUUUUAACAAUGUUUCAUGCUCUCAAUAAGGCGCUUGGAAAAAAUAAAAGAGAGCUAAAUGGUUGAAAAAAUAUCUAGAUGAAGAUUUAUUUUAUUGUCGGCUUCAUUAGAUUCGAGUUCAGAAAAGUUUCAACAACAAAAAAAAAUUAAAAUGUGCAAAUUAAAAAAAAACUAUUUAGUAUAAAUGGAGAAAGAGCAAAAAGCAAGAGUAUAACAUGACAUAAACAAGUGGGCGAACGCAUUUGCAUGCAACCUCAAAAAUAGCAAACAAAUUUAUGUAUCAAUUUUCACCUAUCAACAAUGCACAUACUUUGGUAAGUUAUAUCGGAGUAAUGCACGUAACACUUAUUUUAAACACGCACAAUGGCGGAAAAGCAGAAAAGGAAAAUACUUUAUAAGUUAAACUACAUACAUAUGAUUGUAUGUGUAUUAAUUCGCACAUCUGCAUAAUAAAAGAAAAAUUUGUUUCAAAUUAUUUUAUUCAAUUCAAUAAGUUUUGUAAGUAUUAUAAUAACAUAGGUAUAAGGUAUGAAUAUUUGAUCUGAUUUAUAAAAACAUAUGCAUUUAAUUAAGAUCAGCCUUUCUACAUUAUAGAAAAUUUAUUUUUGUUUUUCCGGACUAAGGUUUCUUUAAACUGCAGCCCCGAAGGGUUUUGAUAAAAAUUUUGUUUUAUUAUGUAUACGUUAUUAAUCCUGUAACAAAACAAAACAUAAUAUUUUAAUAGACAUAAAAGUUCAACCAAA